AGGAGCGGAGCGGCGCGACGCACCGGCACUUCUGGUGAAGAUGGACCUGGGGCUGCUGCUGGCGCUGGAGAGGGAGCGAGUGCUGGAGGUCCUGAGGAGGGACAAGCUGCUGCGGAGCCUGGAGGAGGAGCGCGUCAGGAGGAUGAAGUGUGAACUGCAGGAGCUUCGGCGGAGAGGCGCCAAGAGCUGCCGCCGACAGUGCGGCGAGAGGGCGUGCGCGCGCUGCCAGAGGGCGCUGGGCAGAGUGUGGAACACCGGCGCCGUGUGUCGCGGCUGCAGCCACAGGAUCUGCAGCAAGUGCCGCGUGUGCCGCGCCUCCGUGGGCUGGAAGUGCACCGUCUGCCACGCCUGCAGAGAGGUGAAGGUCCGAUCUGGAGAGUGGUUCCUGGAGGAAAGAGCAAAGAAGUUCCCAGUCAUCACGGAUAAAUAUGAAACUGUUGGAGACAAUCUCCUCAAGAAGUUCAACGAGAUGAGUCACAUCUCCGUGGUGCCGCCGACUCCUCCGCCUCAGAUGGACUAUCCCUUCCACAGCAAACCCUCGCACCAGGACCUGAAACAAUCCAAACCCUUCACCAAGUCAAUGGAGGACCUGAUCGGUCACAUGAGAAGGCUUUCGUCGUCUCACACCGACGUGCGCGACGACUUCCUGACAGUGGACUGUGCCGAGCGACGAUAUCAGUUUUUCAGCAACUCUCAGAAAAGCCUGUCCGACACUGACAUCAACAAAUCGUCGCACUUCUUCAAAGUCCCGCUUCUUCCGAACAUCUUCAAGAAUCACAGUGAUGGUUCGUCCAUCGGAACAGAGGAGGAAGUCUCCAUCGGUUCGGACGACUCUGGAGGAAAGAGGGGCAGCUUCAGCAGCAUCGGCACCGUCUGCAGCUUCCAGGAGGGGGCGGCUGUGAGCGGAGGGCUUCAGCUGGCGCUGUCCUUCAGCCGCAUCACUUCCUGUCUGGAGAUCACAGUGGGCAGCUGCAGAGACCUCUUGUUUGGUGACCCCAAAAAGAGGAAGUGCCACCCGUACGUCAGACUCUACAUUCUUCCCGAGAAGAGCCACAGACGGAAAACUGCCAUCAGGAAAAACACCACGGAUCCGGUUUUUAAUGAAGUUUUCCAGAUCCACAUGCAGCGCCACCUUCUGAUCGGAAAAAGACUGCAGGCGACUGUGUGGCAUGACAACAGUGUGUUGAGGAAGGUUUUUCUGGGCGAGGUGCUGCUGCCACUGGACAGCUGGAUGUUGGACGAUGACAUGGGUCAGAAUCUCACCUGGUACCCGCUGUGUCCGAAGCAGCCCGACUACCCAGACGGUGGCACUGUUGAACAGGAGGUUGUGUUCAAGCUCCGCUCCGGCAGCCACGGAGAACUCCUGCAACUCAGCUCGCUCAAACAGCUCAAUGAGAAAGACGCACAUCACAAAAUUUAGACAGCAAGCGAGCGUAAAUGCAAAAUUACAAAAAGAAGUGUUUCAUUUAAUUUAUUUAUCAUAAUUAUUUUUAUGUUACAUGUUAUAUUCAGUAAAUUUCUAUAUAUUUGUUUGUCUAUAUAUUGUUUCUUGUUCUUAUUGUUACUGUUAAUAGUCAUAAUAAUGACGAAGUCUGCACUUUCUCUGUCCACGUGUUCAGAUAUAAUAUAUUUUUUAAUGCUAAUGAAAAUAUACUGUCGCAAGUGAGUUUUUUCCUGCCGUGUAACUUUCAUUGAAAUUAAAAAAAUACCACUAGAACAGAUUUCUCUGUCAUCCUCCCAAGUCCUGAUUUAGUCAACAUUUUUUAUACUGAUUAUAUUUUAAGUUCAGACACCUGUUUCACUUGUUUGUGUGUAAUU